AUGGCCGUCCGCCACCUCGCCAUCGCCUGUAGCGAAACUGCAAACCUUCACUGCUGUUCGCAUUUGGACAACCUUGAUCGGACCCUGCGCUCAUGCCACCACAUCGGCCCGUUGAAGCAGCUCCAUGGCAGGUUCGUCCAGUUGGGCCUCCACCUCCAUCUCGCCCUCUCCACGACUCUCAUGCAGGCCUACGCGAGGAGCGCUGGCCGGCAGGGUGCGGCCGCAGCGUCGGAGGUCCUCCGCGCCCAGCCGGAGCCUGACGCUUUCUGCUACAACGUCGUUGUCGGGGCAUGGGCGGAACUCGGCCUCCACGACGAGGCGCUAGGAUUUCUGGCUCUAAUGCGGAGGGCGGACCACCGGCCGAACCGCUACACGUUCCCUCUCCUGACGCAGACUUGCUCGUCACUGGUACGGCUCGGCGCGAUCCACGGGCUUGCUGUCAGGGCCGGGUACGCCAGUGAUGCUGCCGUCGCGACGGCCGUGCUGCGUGCGUACGGUAAGCUGGGGAUUUUGGGUGAUGCCAGGGCUGUGUUUGACGGAAUUGAAGCCGCCGAUGAUGUCGCGUAUGCCGCCAUUAUCACUACCUGCACGGAGAAUGGCGACGGGUUUGCGGCAUUAAGCAUGUUUGGGAAAUCGAAGGCUAAUUCGAGCUCCAGCAGCGGCGUGAUCUCAGCCUCACUGAAGGCAUGCUGCGAGAGUUCUCGAGGACUUUUAUGCGGCCAGUGGAUCCAUGGGUACGCGGUGAGAACAGGGCUUGCUUCGGACUCAUGUGUCUCGAGCUGUCUGAUUGGUUUGUAUUCAGAAUUGGGAGACUCGAAUGACGCGUACAAAGUGUUUGUUGAAACGCCUGAGAGAGAUGUCGUUGCUUGGAACGCCAUGAUAUGUGGCUUUGCCUGUAACGGUUUCGAAGAAGAAGCUUUUAGGGUGUUCAUGGAAAUGGUUUCAGGGAAUGAGAAGCCGACCGCGGGCACUUUGGUAGGAGUGAUUAAGGCAUGUUGUGUGCUGGAGAACGUGAUGAUGGUCGUUCCUUACUCUCUUAAAAGUGGGAUCGGUGAAGAUGCAUCAGUUCAGACGUCGGUUUUGGAUGCAUUUGUCAAGUGUGGAGGGCUUGAAGCCGCUUGCCGAUUUUUCGACGGGAUGCCGGAGAGAAACGUGGUUGCGUGGACUGCUCUGAUGGCUGGAUUUGUUGAUGGCGGACUAUGCAGGCAAGCUUUGUGUCUGCUGCCUGAAAUGCAGCAGGAGAACGUGGUGCCGGAUUCUGGCACCUUCGUGUGUGCACUGCUUGCCUGUGCCCGAAGAGGGAGGUUGGAACCAGGCAAGUGUAUCCACGGCUACAUGGUUAGGCACUUCACAGGCUUCAGUGGGAUGGAAUCUACUGCCAUUUCUGAUAUGUAUGCCAAAUGUGGUAACAUGAAUUAUGCAAUCCUGUGCUUCAAGAGUGCAAGCAGAGAGAACUUGAUCGGCUGGAGCUCAAUGGUUGCAGCGUAUGGUAGACAUGGGCAAGCCGGAGAAGCACUUGAUCUGUUCGAUUGCAUGGUGAAUUCAGGCGCUAGACCCGACCAGGUUGCGUUCUUGUCCGUGUUGUCAGCCUGUAGCCAUGCUGGUCUGAUUGAGAAGGGUUGGCAGUACUUCAAUCGCAUGAUCGAAGAAUUUGGCAUUGAGCCAGAUGAAAGACACUAUGGAUGCAUGGUGGACCUUCUCGGCCGGGCUGGUUUGCUUGAUGAGGCUCGAUCUCUGUUGGUUCAGAUGCAAGGGAGAGCCACCCUUACAGCAUAUGGAGCUUUGCUUAGUGCCUGCAGUCAACACUGCGACCAUGUCUUGGGAAGCUCCGUUGCUUCGGUUUUAGUCGAUGGAGAGUGUGGAGAUGGAGGUGUUUAUGUACUGUUGCGCAAUAUGUAUGCAACAGAAGGUAAAUGGGUAGAAGCAGUGAGAUAUGGGUCAUUGUUGGGAAAGACGGGUGCAACCAAAUUGCCCGGCUGUAGUAUGGUAGAGGUCAGUAAAUUUGGCAGAUGA